AUGAAGAUGCCGCUGAUUCUGUUUGUCCUAAUGCUCUGGACUGAAACGUCAGCUGACAGGAGCCCAGGUACCAGCCCUGAGUACGCAGACGUUGUAUUUCUGGUGGACAGCUCGGAUCACCUGGGCGCUAAGUCCUUCCCAUUUGUGAAAUCGUUCAUCAACAAGAUGGUCAACAGUCUCCCGAUAGAGCCCAGCAAGUACCGCGUGGCCGUGGCCCAGUACAGCGACAAGCUCCACAGUGAGUUCCAGCUGGACACCUUCAAGGCCAAGAACCCCAUGCUCAACCACCUGAAGAAAAACUUCGGGUUCCUCGGAGGGUCCCUGCGCGUAGGAAACGCUCUCCAAGAGGCUCACAGGACCUAUUUCUCUGCACCCACAAACGGGAGAGACAAGAAGCAGUUCCCCCCCAUUUUGGUGGUCCUGGCUUCCGCUGAGUCCGAGGAUGACGUGGAAGAGGCGGCCAGGGCCCUGCAGAAGGACGGGGUGAGGAUCGUGUCUGUGGGGCUGCAGAGAGCUUCGGAGGAAAACCUCAAGGCCAUGGCCACAUCUCAGUUUCACUUCCACCUGCGGACGGUCAGAGACCUCAGCACGUUUUCCCAGAACAUGACACAGAUCAUCAAGGAUGCGGCUCGAUACAAGGCAGGAGUGGUUCAGACGGAAAUAAAAAGUCCAGAGACCACAGACUGUCAGAGAGAUUCCCUUGCAGAUCUUGUGUUCCUGGUGGAUGAGUCAUUGGACACCCACCAAGAGUUAAGACACCUGCAGGGAUUCCUGGAGGACGUCACAAGCUACAUGGACGUGAGCGAAACGUGUAUGAGGCUUGGACUGAUGAGCUAUAGUACCAAAGUCAAGACUCUAUCACCUCUGAAAUCAAGCACAACCCUUGCUCAAUUUCACCAGCAAAUCCGGAAGCUUUCUCUCCAGCCUGGGCAGUCCAAUGCUGGGGCUGCCAUAGAGAAGAUGAGAGAAGUCUUCUCAGAGUCAGGCAGCAGCAGAAGGGUCCAUGGAGUUCCUCAGCUUGCAGUCCUGAUCACCCACAGACCAUCAGACGACGAGGUGCACAAGGCUGCACUUGACCUUCGUCUACGAGAGGGUGUGACAGUGUUUGCCAUUGGCAUUCAAGGGGCCAACAAUACACAGUUAAGAGAAAUUGUGUCGUAUCCACCAGAACAGAAGAUUUCCAUGGUGGACUCCUAUGAACACUUGGAAGGCAACAGUACAAAGUUCCGGAAAAAACUCCAGAAUGAAAUAUGGUCCUACCUUUUCACUCGGGCUGAACAGAUAGACCUUGAUAAAACAGGCUGUGUGGACACAAAUGAAGCUGACAUCUAUUUCCUCAUCGAUGGCUCAGGCAGCAUCAAGACUGAACAGUUUCAGGAGAUCAAGGAGUUCAUGGCGGAGGUGACCGAGAUGUUUAGCAUUGGCCCAGACAGAGUGCGAGUGGGGGCUGUGCAGUACUCGUACAAGAACACGGUGGAGUUCAGGAUCAGUACCUACGAUAAUGAGGUUGACUUGAGGAAGGCGAUUUUUAAUAUCAAGCAACAAGGAGGUGACACGAAAACAGGAGCAGCCCUGGAUUUUAUGCUGCCAAUCAUAAAAGAGGGAAGGGGCAGCAGGCCCACCACGGUCCCCUCUUACCUCAUUGUGCUGACGGACGGACAGGCCAGUGACAGCGUCCUGGUCCCUGCGGAGACGCUGAGAGCGGCAGGGGCCAUCAUCCAUGCAGUUGGCAUCGGGAAUGCUGUUGAUAAGGAACUGCAAGAAAUUGCUGGAGGAAAAGGAAGGGUUAGCUAUGGGAAGGACUUCGAGUCUUUGAAAAGCAUAAAGAGUGAAGUUGUCCAUAGCAUCUGCAGGAAACAAGGAUGUGAAGACAUGAAGGCUGACAUCAUGUUCCUGGUAGACAGUUCCGGAAGCAUAGGACCUUCCAAUUAUGUGAAAAUGAAAACUUUUAUUAAUGACUUGCUAGCGAAGAUUCAAAUUGGUCCAGACAAAUCUCAAAUUGGUGUUGUUCAGUUCAGUGAUAACAGCAAAGAAGAGUUCCCGCUUAAUCGGUACUUCACACAUGAAGACAUUUCUGACGCUGUGGAAAGAAUGGCUCUUAUCAAUCAGAACACUCUGACCGGAAGUGCACUGACCUUCAUCGAGCAGUACUUCAAGGAGCCCAGAGGAGCCCGUCCUGGCGUCACCAAGUUUCUCAUCCUCAUCACAGAUGGAGAAGCGCAGGACAGUGUGAGAGAACCUGCCAGAAAGCUUCGGGACCAAGGUGUGAUCAUCUUCUCUGUGGGAGUGUUCGGUGCCAACAGAACCCAGCUGGAGGAGAUCAGUGGGGAUGGCAGUCUGGUUUUCCACGUGGAGAAAUUCGACGACUUAAAGGCCAUGGAAGAAAAACUCAUCUUUCGCGUGUGCUCUCUCUAUGAUUGUAAAAGGAUCCAGCUGCUGGAUGUUGUGUUUGUGCUGGAUCAUUCAGGCAGCAUAGGCUAUAACCAAAAAUACAUGACUGACCUAACGGUCCAUCUGGUGAAGAAGGCGGACGUCGGCAGGGACCGAGUCCAGUUUGCAGCUCUCAGGUAUUCUGACGACCCUGAGCUCCUUUUCUUCCUUAAUUCUUACCCAAACAAAUCAGGAAUUAUAGAGAAUCUGAGCAGGCAGAGGGCCACGCAUGGGAGAACCUACACCGCCAAGGCUCUGGAGUUUUCCAACAUCCUGUUCACAGAGGAGCACGGCAGCCGCAUCAGGCAAAACGUGAAGCAGAUGCUGAUCAUCGUCACUGACGGGGUGUCCCACGACCGAGAAAAGCUCAGUGCCACUGCCCAGACCUUAAGAGACAAGGGGGUCAUCAUCUAUGCCGUGGGUGUGGGCGAGGCUAACAGGGAGGAGCUGGAGACGAUAGCAGGCAGUAAGGAGAAGGCUCUCCACGUACAGAAUUUCACACAACUGCAGGAUAUUUACCUGACUCUACAAGAAGGCCUGUGCAUCAAUUCACCAGGGGUUUGCAACCUUCAGGAGGCCGAUGUGAUUUUCCUUUGCGAUGGCUCCGAUAAGGUGUCGGAUUCACAGUUUGAUACCAUGAAAACCUUUGUGUCAGACUUGAUUGAUGAUUUCGACACUCAAUCCCAAAGGAUAAAAGUUGGGAUGGCCCAGUUUGGGAGCCGCUACCAGGAAAUUAUUGAUUUGGACAGCUCCUGGGAUAAAGUUCAGAUGAUGACGUGGCUUCAAACAAUUGGCAAGAGCACAGGGGACCCGAGGAUGGACAUUGCUCUUCGAAAUGUGAGGUACAUGUUUGACUCGUCUGCUGGUGGAAGAAGAAAUGCUGGUGUCCCCCAAACGUUGCUUGUCAUCACAUCUGGGCGCCCACUCCACAAUGUGACCAAUGCCGUGAAGACCCUGAGAGACCAGGGCAUCUGUGUCCUGGCCCUGGGGGUGGGAGACGUGCGCAAGGACCAGCUCUUGCCAGUCACAGGCAACUCUGAGAAAAUCAUCACUUUUCCAAACUUCAAUAAAUUAAAGGACAUGGAUGUGAGAAAAAGGAUGGUUCGGGAGAUCUGUCAGAGCUGUGGGAAAAACAGUUGCUACCUCGAUGUGGUGGUCGGGUUUGACAUUUCUACUCUGCAGCCAGGACAGAGUUUGUUUGAGCACCACUCCCGACUGGAGUCCUACCUCCCAGGCAUCUUAGAGGACAUCAGCUCCAUCAGGGGGGUGAGCUGUGGGGCAGGUGCAGAGGCUCGGGUGAGCGUGGCCUUUAAGGUGAACAAUGAUGCCGAGUUCCCGCCCAAGUUCCAAAUCUACCAGAAGGCCGUCUUUGAUAGUCUGCGAGAGGUCACCGUCAGUGGGCCAACGCAUCUCAGCGCUCAGUUCCUGCGGUCUCUGUGGGACAUGUUUGGGGCCACGCCUGCGUCCCGGGGACAGGUUCUCCUCAUCUUUUCAGAUGGCCUCCAGGGUGCUGACCUCAGAAUGCUUGAAGAUCAGUCAGACAGGCUCAGACGAGAAGGACUUGAUGCAUUGCUGGUGGUUCUUCUGAACGGGACUAUUUAUGAUGCGUUUUCCAGCUUUGAAUUUGGAAAAGGAUUUGAUUACAGGACUCAUCUGACCAUUGGGAUGAGAGAACUGGGCAAAAAGCUAGCACAGUACCUGGGGAACAUCGCAGAGAGGACCUGCUGCUGUACCUUUUGCAAGUGUGCAGGGGCCCCAGGACCUCAUGGGAGCACAGGACUCAGAGCCUUGAAGGGGUCUCCAGGUCUGAAGGGCAGCCAAGGACACCGAGGAGAGGAAGGUGACCCUGGAAGACGGGGAGACACCGGACCCCCAGGAGAGAAGGGGGCUGCAGGAUGCCCUGGGGAGAGAGGUCAAAAGGGAGUUAAAGGACACUCCGGGCACGAGGGUGAACGUGGAGAGGACGGGAUCGAUGGCUUGGACGGCGAGGAGGGCAUCCGUGGACUCCCUGGAAUGAAGGGAGAGAAGGGUGACCCCGGAUCCCAGGGCAGCCCAGGCUUCCAAGGCCUCCCAGGGAGAUAUGGGGAGAAGGGCUUUCCAGGGGACCCUGGUGAUCCAGGACAGAACAGUAAUGUCAGAGGACCAAGAGGCUCCAAGGGCGAACAAGGACCACAAGGUCAGUCUGGACAGAAAGGGACACAAGGCAGCCCCAGCCCCAGAGGGAGCAGGGGAAGAGAAGGUCAAAGGGGACCUACAGGUGUCCCGGGGCAACCAGGAAGUCUUGGACUUGAAGGGGCUCCAGGAGAUGAAGGCCCGCGAGGCCCACAGGGCCCAAAUGGAGCUCCUGGUGGGAAAGGCGAAAAGGGACAUGAAGGACAUAAGGGGCCUCAGGGACCUCCGGGGCUAAUGGGACCUCCAGGGAGCACUGGAAAGCCAGGACCCUGGGGCACAAAAGGGGAACCUGGAAUUCCUGGAGCACAAGGGUCAAGAGGGCAACCGGGACAGCGAGGAGCACAGGGAGAUUAUGGCAUCCCAGGCUAUGGUCCGAUGGGACAAAAAGGAGUGAAGGGUCCACGAGGAUUCCCUGGAGACAUGGGGCACAAGGGUGAUGUUGGCGACCCAGGAAUGCCUGGGAACCCUGGUCCUAAAGGAUUCCGAGGACAGACAAUCUCUCUAGGUUUCAAAGGUGAACAGGGCUCACCAGGAUCCCAAGGGCCUCCCGGACGGAGAGGCCCUAAAGGCAUGGCUGGGCAGCCUGACCGUUCGCAGUGCGAUCUGAUCCGGUUUGUGCGUGAACACAGUGCCUGCUGGGAAGAAAGGUGUCCGGCGUAUCCAACAGAACUGGUGUUUGCCCUGGACCAGUCCUCUGGUCUCACAGAACAGAGGUUUAAUGAAACGAGAGACAUGGUGAUGUCCCUAGUCCAUGAGCUGCACGUCAGGGAGGGGAACUGCCCCGUGGGUGCCAGGGUGGCCGUGGUUUCCUACGACUCCAGCACCAGCUACCUCAUCCGCCGGGCCGACUAUCACAGCAAGAAGCAGCUGCUGCAGCUGCUGGCCCAGGUGCACUACCAAAGGCCCACGCGGCCCAGGGACCUCGGCACCGCCAUGCGCUUCGUGGCCCGGCACGUGCUCAAGAGGACGGGCUCGGGCACCAGCGCCAGGAGAGUGGCCGUGUUCUUCAGCAACGGCCGUGCCACCAGCCGUGAGCCCAUCGUCACCGCGGCCAUGGAGUUCAGUGCCCUUGACAUCUCGCCCGCAGUGCUGGCUUUCAACGAGAGAGAUUUCGUGGAUGAAGCUUUUGCGUUUGACGACACCGGGACAUUUCAGGUGAUUCCAGUGUCGCCCGGUGGGAGCGAGGACCCCUUCGAAGGGCUUCGGCGCUGCACUCUCUGCUAUGAUAAAUGUUUUCCAAACACUUGCAGAAAAGAGAUAUUUUUACCUGCCAGUUCGUACAUGGAUGCAGCCUUCCUUGUAGACAAUUCUCGAAAUCUAGCCAGUGAGGAGUUUAAGGCCGUGAAGUUGUUGAUGGACUCAGUGGUUGACAGCUUUGAUAUUGCGUCAGACCCUUUAACUUCAGACACUGGUGACAGGAUUGCCUUGCUGAGCUAUGCUCCUUGGGAUAGGAGAAGAAAUAGUUCCGUGAAAAUCGAAUUUGAUUUUACAAAUUUUGGGAACCAAGUCUUAAUGAAGGCACACAUCCAGAAUUCCCUCCAGCAACUCCGUGGAGAAACCGCCAUUGGCCAGGCCCUUCUGUGGACCAUAGAGAGUCUUUUCCCAGGAACACCCAACUUAAGAAAGCACAGGGCCAUUUUUGUUGUCUCAGCUGGAAAAAAUGUCGAGAGAAAGGAAUUCUUAAAGAAGGUGGCUCUGAGGGCCAAGUGUCAAGGCUACGUCAUCUUCGUGAUUUCCUUGGGCUCUACAGAGGAGGACGCCAUGGAGGAGGUUGCAAGCUACCCACCUGAGCACCAUCUGGUACAACUUGGGAGGAUGCAGAAACCAGAGCUGGAUUAUAUUGUGAGGUUCCUGAAGCCGUUUAUAUACUCUGUCAGACGAGGAUUCAAUCAGUACCCACCACCAACGCUGGAGGACGCCUGCAGACGCCUCCGCUCGGAAGGGGAGCAUUGGCAGAUUGGCCGUCUCAGAUUUACUGACGAGUUACGUGAGAUACCUUCAGACGAGGACUACUUCUUUGGGGAUGAGUCAACUGUUAAGAGAGACUCAGCUUUUGUGUUGGACAAUGGGAGUGGUCAUUUGGUUUAUAUUCCAAGCCACGUGGUUAAAGCCCAGGAAUUAAGAAAUAAUUAUGAAAAUAAUCAGAGUCCUGAAGACAUGGCAAGUCUCAUGUCUGGACAUGGACAUCAUGACAGAAAAGAAGGACUAGGUCCUAUGCAUGAACUUGGAAAUGUUAGUCUUCAAGACUAUUACAUGGACGUGGCUUUCCUCAUAGACGCUUCCCACAGAGUAGGACAGGAGGAGUUUAAGGAAGUGAAAGAUUUCAUCGCCUCGGUGCUUGAUUACCUUCAUAUUGCCCCAGAUCCUCUGACCUCCCUGUUAGGAGACCGAGUGGCGGUCUUAAGCUACUCUCCCCUCGGCUACCUGCCCGACACUGAACAAUGCCCAGUCUACCUGGAAUUUGACUUGGUUACUUACAGCAAUUUACAUCAAAUGAAAGAUCAUCUCCAUGACUCUCUUCAACGGCUCAAUGGAGAUGUUUUUACUGGCCACGCUCUCCAAUGGACUCUUGACAAUGUCUUUGAAGGAGUCCCCAAUGGGCGGAAAAACAAAGUUCUCUUUAUAAUCUCUGCUGGUGAAACCAACCCUUUGGACAAAAAAGUCUUAAGGAAAGUAUCUCUGAGAGCCAAAUGUCAAGGCUACGCCAUAUUUGUGUUCUCCUUUGGUCCUCUACACAAUGAGAAGGAGUUAGAAGAGUUAGCCAGCCAGCCCUUGGAUCAUCACCUAGUCCAGCUGGGCCGAAUCCAUAAGCCCAAUCUGGACUACCUCAUCAAGUUUGUCAAGGCAUUUGUCCACUUGAUCAGACGUGCCAUCAACCAAUACCCCCCCGCUGAGCUGAGACCCGAGUGCACGAACAUCACCACUCCUGGUCCAGGCUACACCGCGGCAGAAAGCACUGCGCUGCUUCUUCCUGAAGUCUAUGAAAUCGAGUCAGACGACAGCACAUUGGAGUCCCAGGAGCAGCAUUUGCUUGUACUAGGCAGUGACCAUGGCCAUGGCUUGGAGACCACGACUGAUUUGUUCCAGAAACUAUACAUGCUCUUUGCAAAUGGAGACUUGAUGGUGAAAGACAACGAAGAGGCACUUUCAGAAGAAAUCCCAGCGUCAGAUGAUUACCAACAAGAAACGGAAGAUGAUAAGGGCACGAGCUGA